AUGUCAUCAGCCGCAGGCGGAGCUUUCAGAAGGUUUCUCAAUAGCGAAACCGGUCCCAAGACCGUGCAUUUCUGGGCACCAACUCUAAAAUGGGCUCUCGUGUUCGCGGGAAUUAGCGACAUCAGCAGGCCAGUCGACAAACUCUCGGGGAUCCAAAACCUGUCUCUACUAGCCACCGGUGUGAUUUGGACCAGGUGGUCUUUCGUCAUCAAGCCCAAGAACAUGUUGUUGGCGUCCGUCAACUUCUUCCUGGGUGGUACCGCCGGGUACCAGCUCAGCAGGAUCUGCAACUACAGGCUGCAACAGGGCGACUCGACCAAGCAGGUCAUCGACUACGUCAUCAACGGACCCAAAGCGCCGGACGACAAGAUCCACAAACUCCAGAGUUCGAACUCCGUCAACAACUCCAUGGGCCAAAGCUCAACUGCAUGA